AGGCCGCCAUGCAGGCUGCGCCGCGCCUCGCCUUCGGGGUCAUCGCUGACAUCCAGUUCGCCGACGCGGAGGACGGGUACGACUUCGGCGGCUGCCGGCGGCGCUACUACCGGCACAGCCUGCGCUUGCUAAGGGAGGCGGUGCGGGAGUGGGCCGGCGAGAGCCCGCCGAUAAACUUCGUGCUGCAGCUGGGCGAUAGCAUCGACGGGCAGAACGCCCGGCGCGGCGAGGCCGAGAGCGCCUUGCAGCAGGUGCUGGAGGUGCUGGGGCAGCUCUCGGUGCCCGUGCACCACGCGUGGGGCAACCACGAGCUCUACAACUUCAGCCGGGCGCGGCUGGUGCACACCGGACUGUACAGCCGGCCCGCGGGGGGCUCGGACGGGCCCGCGGACAGGGAGUGCCACGCGUAUCACUGCAGCCCGGCCCCGGGGCUCCGCCUCGUCGUGCUCGACAGCUACGACGCCAGCACCCUGGGCAGUGACCCCGGCAGCCCCCGCUACCAGGAGUCCCUGCGGGUGCUGCGGGAGAAGAACACCAACGAUGAUCUCAACAGCCCCGAAGGGCUCAAAGAACCUCAUUUUGUAGCAUUUAAUGGAGGAUUUAGCCAAGCCCAGCUGGACUGGUUCGAUGAAGUCCUCAAGUUCUCUGAUGAAAACCAAGAAAAAGUUAUAGUUAUGGCUCACGUGCCCAUCCAUCCCUGUGCUUCCAACGGGGUUUGCCUGGCCUGGAAUUACGAGGCUGCCCUGUCAGUGAUACACACACACAGGUGUGUGGUCUGUGUGCUCGCAGGGCACCUGCACGACGGCGCCUACUGCCAGGACCUGCACGGAGUUCAUCACCUCACCCUGGAGGGGCUCAUUGAGACCCCCCCCGACAGCAACGCCUUUGGAACUGUUCAUGUCUAUGAAGAUAAAAUGGUACUGAAGGGAAGAGGCAGAAUUCCUGACAGAGUUAUGCACUUCUGAAAUACCAGGCAAAGAGAAUGUUCUUCUGCAGGAAGGACUCGGAUGAAAAUGGAGGAGAUUCAGCUGUUUGCUUUUAGAAAGCCGUGCAUGGCUGAUCCUUAUUGCUUUAGCUCAGGCGUUUUUCUCUUGGAUACAGAAUUUUAGAAAUUGUGUUUCUGUAAGACAGCACCUGACUUCUUUUUGGAGAAUAGAGAAGGCCAGUAAUUGAAAUAAAUAUACUGGAAUGCAGAAUGUUCAUUUCAAACACCCAAUCCAGACUGGAUUGCUACUGUGAAAAGAUGCAAACAAUAUAACAAAUAUUGCUCAAAAAAGCCCUAAUGCUAUUCUCUCAGACUGGAUUGCUACUGUGAAAAGAUGCAAACCAUAUAACAAAUAUUGCUCAAAAAAACCCUAAUGCUGUUCUCUCAGACUGGAUUGCUACUGUGAAAAGAUGCAAACCAUAUAACAAAUAUUGCUCAAAAAAAGCCCUAUGCUGUUCUCUCAGUGAGCAUUAAAGCAUGCAGAGUUGUACCUGCCCAGCCACAUCUCUAUUUAUUUAUUUUCUGUGAACAUUACAGUGAGGUCUCAUGUCUGGCAGAAUAUAUCCAGCCUGUAACCUAAUUCAGUCUUCCAACUUUGCUUUAAAAGACUGAAGUAAUCCUCAGAGAAAGCUGAGCCUGAGGAGACCAUGUGUGCUGCACCAUGGAACGCUGCAGAUGCUCAGGCUGUGCUGUGUGUGCACAGCUGGGAUCACCUGCAGCAGUGCUGAGAGUGAGCUCUGACACCCAGCUAAAUAAAGGUGUUGUGUGUUACACCUGGAGCUGUCCUGGCUCUGUCCCAGCCAGAUCCUGAGUCCAGUGUAUCCACCUGUGCUUCUUUCUCCAGGAUGAACAGUGGGACAUGCUUGCUGCUGCAGGGCUACUGUGUGGGUCCUGCUUUCCAAGAAAAAUUAGGUGAGCAGCAGAACUGGGACAGUGCCCACAUCUGCUGUGACAGGCUUGAAUAGGAAUCUCCCAGAAAAUAAAAGAUAUGGAAGCUUUCAUUGAGUUUUCUUAUAAAAAAUAGUGUUUAUUAUUCAUUAAAACCAGUGACUUUCAGUUAAAGAUAAUAGCAAAAAUAAUUUUUUCAGAUAUAUUCUACAUAUGAUUUUAGCACAGGACAAAAUACAGACUGCUCAGUUUUCCAAAAAGUAUGAAAUGGGUUAUCCAGGCACAUUAUUGAAAGUUCUAUGGCUGUUAACAGUCAUUUAUUAAAACAGUAUUUGCUUUAUUUGUCCCUUAUAUUACAGAAUAGUAGAUUUCCCAAACUACGAGGUGAUUGGAGAGUGAUCCAGGGCUACAGUGAUAUCCUGAAUAUACCAUCAGAACAGACAUUAGAUCAAUGGUGCUUGGAAAAUGUAAGAAGCCAGCAAGGUGAACAGUUUCUGUAGAAAAAUUCCCCACUAAGAUUUGACAGUGUUCUUCAACAUUUUACUAAAUCUCAACUGGCACUGCUGGAAUCAGCCAGGUAUUCUUGGGUGCUAUCAAACUGACACUCCUUUUGUUAAGCACCAAAACCAAAGGCAAAUAAGGUCAGCAUAGUCACUGCAGACUUUCUCCCACCCAAUUAAAUCACGGUUUUGCAGUGUGUUGGCCAAGACUCUCGCAUGUCUUUGUUCACAUAAAUGUACAGCCACGAAACAAAGGGGAAAAGGGCAACAACAACUGCAGCAACCAAACGAGCUCCUCCCAGGGGACUCCUGUAAGAGCAAAUCCAACAGAGCUGCUUCAAAUCACUGAAUCUUUAAGGCUGGAAAAGACCUCCAUGAUCAUCAGGUCCAACUUUGACUGCAUACCACCACACCCACUAAACCCUAGAGUGCAGUGCCACAUCCAAUGAUUUUUUUUUUAACACUUCCAAGGAAUGGUGACUCCACCACCUCCCUGGGCAGCCUGUGCCAAUGCCUGACCUCUCUUUCAGUGAAGGAAUUUUCCCUAGGAUCUAAUCUCAACCUCCCCUGGCACAGCUUGAGGCUCUUUCCUCUGGUCCUGUCACUGUUCCCUGGAAGUAGAGCCUGACCCCCACCAGGCUGCACCCUCUUGUCAGGGAGUUGUGGAGAGUGAAAAGGUCCCCUCUGAGCCUCCUUUUCUCCAGACUGAGCCACCCCAGCUCCCCUGGUGACUCCUGAUGUUCCAGACCCUUCCCCAACUCUCAAAGUCCCUCAAAGUCCUUUUUGAAGUGAGGUGCCCAAACCUGACCCCAGGACUGGAGGUGCCUCAGCAGUGCCAGCACAGGGGACAAGUACUGUCCUCAUCCUGCUGACCACACCAUGAUGGGACAGCCCAGGAUGUCCUUGGCCACUGCUACAGCCACUACACAACAUUCACAUCUGCCUGCAGCAGGAAAGAGCAGAGAGCCUUUGGCCAAUUUAAUGGGGCUACUAUGGAUGUAUCACCAGUCUUUUACUGGAGAGGCACAAAGAAUUUUCUGACAA